AACGUUUAUUUAAUACCGGAACAAACAAACGCAUAAAGUCGAUCGUCUUCGCUUCUGCGGGUCAAAGUCAGCAGGUGGGAAACUGUUUCCUUUAUCGGACACCUGCGCUGGAAACAGCUGAAGAUUAACAAACGAAGAUGGCUGAGUUAGUAUUUUAAAUCGCGUAUUUUUUAAAUUUUAUUUUACAAACGGAUAGUUUGUUUUAUUAAAAAUGAGCGACUCGAAGGUUCCCCGUCGGGGAGGAAGAUGGAAGCGGAGCACCGGCGCUCUGGCCCGGCUCUUCCUCCCGCUCCUCGGUGCGUGUUUCUGGGCUGCGGGAGCGGCGUACAAGCCGGUGAUCAUCGUGCACGGACUGUUCGACAGUUCCCAGAAUUUAUUAAACCUACAGAGAUUCAUCAACGAGUCUCAUCCAGGGACCAACAUCUCCAUCAUCGACCUGUUCGACGGCUAUAAGAGCUUGGACCCGCUGUGGAUGCAGGUGGAGGGCUUCAAGGCGGUUAUCUACCCAAUAAUGCAAAAUGCGGCGGACGGCGUUCACUUUAUCUGCUACUCUCAAGGCGGGCUGGUCUGCAGAGGGAUCCUCUCCACCCUCCCUGAACACAACGUCCACACCUUCAUCUCUCUGUCCUCGCCUCAGGCCGGCCAGUAUGGAGACACCGACUACUUGAAGUACGUCUUCCCAGAGUUUGUGAAGUCAGAAGUCUACCGUGUUUGUUAUUCUGGGAUCGGUCAGAAGUUUUCCAUCUGCAACUACUGGAAAGACCCCCACCACAGAGACAUGUACGUCAACAGCAGUGACUAUUUAGCUCUGCUCAACGGCGAGAAACCAAGUCCAAACUCCACAGAGUGGAAGGAGAACUUCCUGAAAAUCCAAAAGCUGGUUCUGAUCGGAGGCCCGGACGACGGCGUCAUCACGCCCUGGCAGUCCAGUCAGUUUGGGUUUUAUGACGACAACGAGACGGUUGUUGAGAUGCAGCAGCAGGACUUCUUCUGGAGCGACAGCUUCGGCCUGAAGACGCUGGCCGCCCGGGAAGACCUGAUCAUCUGCACCUUCUCCGGAGUCCAGCACAUCUACUGGCACUCCAACGAGACGGUGUUCCGCGGCUGCAUGGAGAAGUGGCUGGUUUGACCCCGCCUCCGCGAGGACGGACGAACGCCCGUUUUAUCCCUCGGCCUCGGCGGGGGAGGCUUGACCCAUUCUUACUCAUUUUGCACGUUACAUGUUUUAGGAUUGUUUUUGUCUAAAGUGGGUGGAGCCAAUUCAAUGCAACAACCAUCAGAUGAACUCCACUUUUAUCUGGAGUUACAGGAAGAAAACGUACCAGCACCUUUAACGUCGCAGCUCGACUCAGGAGUUUAGGAGUUACUGCAGAUUCUCACCGAUUCACUUCUUCAGAGAUGAAUCCAAAACCUUCUUAACCCUUUAACAGCCGGAGCUCCAGUGUUACGUUCUUUUGUUUCCUGUAACUUUUCAUCCGUUAACACGGUAACUCCCUCAGAUUCUGACGGAGGAUGUUACGUUACGUUACGUUUUUGUGUUUAGGCCUCAGGGGUUAAAGGGUUAAACGAGCUUCACUCCGGAGAUGUUUUUACCUUUUUGAGAGCCACGAUGUGAACGCUCUUUAAACGAACAUUAUUUUAUGUUUUUAGUGUUAAAUACGCAAAAGUGUUCCACAGAUUCUCUUUUUAAGCUUUUCUGAGUCCAAAAAUAAAAACUUGGACUCAUCACAUCUUUACAGUCCCGUAUUUCCAAAUAGAAACAAACAAAAACUUUUAUUCUGAAGGUACUGGAGUUCGAUUUCCUUUGGGAGGACUGUACCGCUUUUAAAUUUAAGGAGAGAUUAAAAGUCUAAGAUUAUUCAAGGACAGAAAACAAGAACUUUUAAUUUUAACUUUUGUGAUAAUUCGUUUUAGUAUCUUUAAAAACGAAGAUCAUAAUCGCUCGAUUGAAAUGUCAAAAAAAGGGAAAUUUAACCGAAUAAUUUGGAUUUACAGAAAAGUGCUUUUCAUUUUGGGGAUUUUUUUGUUUGUUUUUUAGAUGUGAUGUAAAAAGAAAAGACACAAAGGGAGUCAAUGUUUUAGGAAAGUCAGCUUCCCAUGAUGCACUGGGGUGGCUACAGACCAAUGUUGUGAUACAUUGUGGUAAAUGGAAGAAGAACGUAGGGAGCUGAGGUUCUUGAAGGAGGUGGAGGAUGAUAAUAUUGAGAUUUUAGGAAAGACGGAGAAGAAAAAGAUGGAAAAUGACCGGAUGGUGGGAUGGAAUCAGAAUGUAGAAAUGAGAUUAAUAUCCAGACUCAUAAGGAAGAGUUCUUACUGACAGAAAUCUUCCUCAGAAAGAGAAUUUAAUCGUUUAGUUUGAGAAGUUUGGAAGCGACACAGGAAGUGUCCCUAUGAUGGGAAUGUAGAGCUGGGAUUUGUUUGAAAACGCAAUAAAAGGAUUUUAGAUUCGCAGAUGUUAGAGUUGGAAACAGUGGAUGAAAAGGAGGAGCUCCGGGAUAGAGCCCUGGGGUACACCGCAAAAAAUUACUGUCUUAAUUCUGGGGAUAAAAAUUACUUGUUUUAAGUAGAAACUGAAGAAACAAGUCAAACAAUCUUCCAAUGUAGCUUUUAAAUUUUACUUGAGAAAAUUUCUUGAUUUAGGAAAUAUGUAAAUUGGAAAAAUCUUAGAAAAAUUAAGCUACAAAUGAAGACAAAAACUGUGAAGUCGGAGCUUCAUUCAGAUUGUUUUGUUAUUAUAAAUGAGAAAUUAAAUCUUAAAAUUAAAGUGUAUUUCUUGUUUUAAGACUAAAAGUAACAAAAUCAAAAUUAGUUGUGAGUUCUCAGUUCGGCUUAAUUGUGGAACAAAUUGGCCCCAAAACGAGUCAAAUUUGAUGAACUUGUGAUAUUUGUGGUCACAUGUUCAAAUGCUGAACGAUUUUUCUUAAAUUCAGACAUUUUCUUGUCCUUAAAUGCUUUUUUAUAUAUAUUUUGUCUACAUUUACAAACAAAAUGAGACAGAAAACUCACAUUCUUUAAGCAACUUUAGUCGUUUAUGUGUCUAAAAUCAAGAUAAAUAUGAUUUUACGUCUAGUUUUAAGAUGAAAUCUCUUGAAAUGACAGGAAGACUUCAGACUCGAGAGGAACUUCUGGGAAUCUGGAGACAGUGAUGAGGAGAGGCGAUGAAGACGGAUGGAGGGAGAAAUAGUGUCAGAAGAAGCAUUACAGCUGAGGAAGAGGAGGAUGAAGAGUAAAACACUUUACCUUUUUGGAUCAAACUUCUUAAAUUAUCAAGUUUAGAUUCUUUUUUUUAUAUAUAUAUAAAAUUGUCCAAAGUUUCCUUUCCUUUAAGCCUUAAAGCUGCUCGUAGUGAAGCUGGAAUCACAGAACUUUUUCUCUUCUUGGAUAAAUGUUACAACUUUGACUUUUAAAGCACAUUUAAAGCUGUAGCUUUAUUUAUCGGCGCUCGAACACACCUGCUAACAGGAGCUGAAAAUGUUAGCAGGACAGACGUAAUGACGGAGCACUACAAAACAAGAGCGUCAAAAUCAUCUGUGGACUUUUAUUUUGAAAGGGCACAGCCGUGAUCAGAUUUUCAGAUGACUCCGGAGCCGGGCGAUGAAUCGUUUUAUCAAUCAAUUUAAAUUAAGACACAUUUAGCCAUUGACUGUCUCUGUGAAUUGGCCCCUCCCCCCUGGCGUUCCGAACAGGAAGUGACCCCAAGAAGCCAAAAUCCCGUAAAGAAAUAAACAGCUGUCAUUCUAUUGGUCAGAAUGACCAUUCUUGUUCUUGAAAAUCUUUUUUUUUUUUUGUAGUUUUAUAAACUGGCCAAUCAGAUGCCUCAAUUAAAAGUGGGCGGAGCCUGCUGACCCCUACAGCAAACGAUUUUUAUGUAGCCUGCUUUCAAGUGGUGGGGGUGUGGCCUUCCAUCAAACUCGCCCCUGUUGGCCAGAGUGGUUGCCGUAGAAACGAUGGCUUCCAUUAUGGAAUUGACUUGAUUUGGUUGAAACCGUUUUCUUUAGAAGACAGUCAAUGGUUGCUCUUGAGUUCAGGCCAAAUUCUCCAGGAGAUUUCAAAAUAAAAGCCUUUUUUUGGGGCUCGUUUGUACAUUUUUGCUUAAGAAAGUAAAAAGAGGAACAAAAAUCAGAGAUUUGACCCUUUGGUUGUGUCGCCCAGCCCUCCAUGACACUUUAGCGUCCAUUGACUUCAUUUAGAAUGAAAUGCCGUUAAGGACGGUAGCGACGUCAGCGCGUCACAUUUACCUCAAGAAUCUCGGCGUAUCAUUUAUCUUCAUGUACAGAUAUAACUCUUCUAAUGCUGCAGGCCUUUCUAUAUUUGUACUGCUGUGUUUUCUAGAUGCCCAUUUUCUAUGUGGACGCAUGUGCGAUGCCAUCGUUACGUAUAUCAUGUCAGAACCACGCUGUGCUUUGGGGCCGUUCUCCUCGUUUGCUUUCGUAGGUGAAGCCUUAAGUGUCGACACCCAUGACCAAAGUGCUCCGAGCGGCCCGCCGCCGCCGCCAGUGACCGUGCUAAAAGUGAGGGAUCGAGUGGAGAUGUUCACUGACCCGCCCGCUGGUGCAUGUGUCACCGCCUCCCAUCACAUGUAGAGAUCUCAGGUGUUUGUUUAGAUGAGGGAUGCAUGGAUUUACCUGUAGGAGGAUGAAAAAGGGAUAAAAAGUGAUAAAGUAAGUGAAUUUUUCAGUGGUAUGGAUAGCACACAUGGACAAAAAGGAGGAAUUAUUUUAAUGUUGAGAUUUUAUCCUUUUGUUUCUUGUUCUCUUGUACAAAUUAUCUAAUUCAGAACUUCUAUGUUUGCUUUGUUUAGGAAUUUACAGUUUUAUUGUCAUAAAAAUGAUGUCAUAAGAAACUUUUUUAAAACUAAAGCUGAUAUUUUAACAAUUUCUACAGUGUUUGUCCUGCAAAAGAACAUUUCUAGAACCUCAUUUCAUCAAUAAAAGGGAAUAUUUAAC